CCAGUGGGGCUGGAGACAGGCUGCGGUACGGAGUCUGCCAAGGGCAGGGCGGAGACGCCCUCUCGCUCACUGGAUGUUCGGCGGCACGCGAAUCAGCCUUAGUCCAGAUCGUGUUCACAAAUCCAUGUAUUGCUGACGAGACAGGAGGCGUGGGUAGAGGUGAACACUAGUGACGUGCUGCAGGGGUCUCUUUACACCCGGGCACGUGUACAACCCGGUGCGUUUCCCGUUGGCCGUGUCGUGGUUCGGAUGUGAGGGACCGUGAGCGGUGGAACUCUUGGAAACUUUUAUUCAAGUUAUCGUUUCUUUAUGCAACAAAGCGAUAUUGGAGCUCUGAGUUAGUUGUGUCAUGUCGACAGGUGCGUGAAUGCUUUCAUUAUUUCGUUGUGAUGGUGACUGAAGAUGUCUCACCCUUAAAAUGUAUCGUCCUUGAUCAAUUUCAAACCAGAUAGCUACUGCAGUUAGCGGGAUAGUUAAACACAUAUAUAUCAAUUGUUAGAUCAGUAAUCACUACUCGUGAAAGAGAGAGAGAGAGAGAGAGAGAGAGAGAGAGAGAGACUAUACCGUAACAAACUUGAGGGAAGAGUGGCGGUGAAGGAGGACUGGGAAGCGUUGGUCUGUGUUUGUUAAACGGCAAGGAGGGCAGGGGAGGAGUGACUCAUCAACCUGGUGCAUGGCAGGGAGAUGAAGGCCCUGUGCCUGCCCCAUGCUGCCCCUGAUGCUCUCCGCGGCCCUGGUGCUGCUCCAGGGCCGCGCCGCCACCCACCACGUGACUCCCAGUGCACCCGAAGCCGCCCACCACGCCCAACCCGCCCACCUCGCACCCGUGUCUCCGCGCACCGGUAAGAGUGCUCCCGUGGAUGAGUAUGUGGGUGGCUGCGGGAACCUGAAGGGAGUCUCGUCCAUCCCUCAUAUUGGCUUCCCCUUGUAUUACCCAGGUGCGGCGAGGGACUGGACAACUUCUGCUUCCGUGCAUAGUGUGGCGUCAGUGGAGCGUCAGGUGGAGUGGAGCAGACCCAGUGAGCGACUGAAGGACAUCUUUGAAGCAGCACAGGAAGCAUGGCACGAGUCCAGCACACACAGGGACGUACAGAGAAGAAAGGUGAGUCCAUCCAGGGCACGGCAGUCACUCGGGACUUCCAACGAAAGUCAACAUGAGUCCCUUGACUGCCGAGACAGCCACUUCCUCCCAGGGGCCAGAAAGAGGCGCUCCACUCUCCCUCAGAGGACACACAAGGCACGUGGACACCAUAACCAUCACCACCACACACACAGCCACCAGGAGCAGCGAGCGAGGCAAGGCAGUGGACGCCGCCUGAGGAAGCGUCACCAGAGUCACCAGCAACAGCAGCAGCAGCGUCCGUCUCGCCUGAAGUUCUCCCAGCUAGAGUAUCGUGUCACCUUGAAGGAGGACGUACCCAUCCACACCUCCCUCCUGACGGUGGUGGCGGAUGGUGCUGAAGGGACAGUGAGGUACCAGCUGAAUGAUGACACCAACUUUGGAAUCAACAGUGCUGGUGUUAUCUACUCCAUCCGCCACCUGGACCACAAGGGCUCUGGUGGCCGGUACUUGCUGCAGGUCACGGCUGAGGAAAAGGACCAGGGUGACGUAAGCGGGUGGACACGACCAGUAACCGCCCAGGUGACGUUGCAGGUGACAGACGCCCCUGAGCCACCUCGCUUCGACUCCCCUCAUUACAAGUUUACCGUGUCUGAGUUUGCAAGCCAAGGUAGCUACGUGGGCACAGUGAGAGCGAGUGAUGAUGAUGGUGACUUUGACCACUACUUCCUGCACGGGACGGAGAUGUCAGAGGCGUUCGCUAUUGACGGCAACAGGGGGGUCAUCACGCUGGAAGAGACCCCGGACGGCUCCCGCUGGCAGUACCACCUCCAGGCAGGGGCAGCGGACCGCCGGGGACACGUCACCCUUGUACCCGUCAGUGUUUUCCUUCUGACUGGGAACCCAUCUUACGCGAGGCUCGUUUCCGGAGUGCAAGGUAACAACGGUCGCCACCCCGCCUUCCCUGACUGCGAGUCCUAUGAAGAUACACAUGUGAUGGAGAACGUGACAGCCGGCAGCCCUGUCCUGACGGUGAUUGCCACAGACGAGGACAGCGGCCCCAGUGGUGUCAUCUCAUACUCCCUCAUCCACAGCCUCAGUAGUUUUGCAAUUCAGGCUUCGGAUCAGCGUGGCCACAUCACUACCACAAGGCGGCUGGACCGUGACAAUGGGGACGAGGAGUUCAUGCUGACGGUGGUGGCGAAGGAUGGUGGCGUCCCUCCCCUACAGGCCUCGUGUACCUUCAGGGUGAUUGUGGACGACCUCAACGACAACGCCCCCGUGUUUGACCAGCCGCGCUACGAACAGACGCUGGCAACUGAUUACAACCUGGCCCUGCCCGUGCUGCGCGUGGCGGCCUCCGACAAGGACAUCGGUAAGAACGCGCAUCUCACCUACCAUCUCGAAGGUCACCCCAACCACCUCGAGUUCUUUUACCUGGAGCCCAUCACGGGGGUCCUCACCUUGAAGAGACACCUGCACGACGCCAUGGCCAACACUAAGACUUUCGACGUGCGAGUGAGGGCAGUGGACGGUGGCACUCCUCCUUUGUGGUCCACGGCGCCCAUCACUGUACGAAUAGUGUCCUCCGGGGAACUACCGCCCUCAGUGGCCGCCCAACAGCCCCUGCAGCCAGCCAUCCUUGAGAACACCACGGAGAACACGGACGUAGUGGUAGUGUGUGCCAAGUCCAAUCUUCCCAAUGCCCCGACUGUUUACUUCACUCUUCUCAACGGGGACACUCCUGAGACUAAUUCUGACGGGACCUUCGCUCUCAGGGAAGUGCUGGACCACGAGGAGAGUCUGUGCGGAGACAACUCUGGCGUGAGUGUCUACGUGGCCACCAGAACCCUUGACUUCGAGACCCUGCAGGCUUACAAACUCACGGUGCUAAUGGUGAACGAAAGGAACGGCCGUCUGGAGCAUCAGGUCGUGGUGAACAUUGUAGACGUGAACGACAAUGCGCCGCUGCUUCAGACCUGGGAUGGAUCAGUGCUGGAGAACGCUGCCAGUACACUCAUCACCACCAUCAGGGCUGUAGAUAAGGACGCAUCACCGCAGUACAGGCAGCUACGUUACUCCUUCGACGCCACGGCACCCCACGAUGUUGUCAGCAAGUUCGCGCUCAAAUCCAACGGGGAACUGUGGAGUACGAGACCGCUGGAUCGGGAAGAGCAGAGCCAGUACCGUGUGCCUAUCAGAGUGACGGACGGCAUGCCAGGACACGCGAGAGUCACCAUUUACUGGAUCACUGUGCAAGAUGUGAACGAUGUACCGCCCGUGUUCGACCGUUCCCUGGGCGUGUAUGAGGUGCAGCUGCCGGAGAGUCGGGAGGUCGGUAAGCCAACGGGGAUACGCCUUGCUGUGGAUGACGCCGACCUUGUCAACCAGUUCACUUUCGACAUCAUCAGCGGGAAUGAGAGAGGAAAGUUCCGCAUAGACCCCACCUCCAGAACCCUCAUCGUGGACGCCCCCUUGGACUACGACGACCCUGUAAACGACCGGAAUUUCACGCUGCGGGUCCGCGUGAGUGACGGCGCCAAUGCAGCAGCGGUGACGGACGUGGUGGUGGCGGUGGUGAACGUGAACGACCUGCAGCCAGUGUUCCAGCGUGCCAACUACUCCUUCGUGGUGACAGAGAACACCGACUGCUCUGUACCACUCGGCCAGGUAAGCGCUCGAGACCCGGACCUGCCGCCCUCCGUGAACCAGGACAUCAUUUACUACUUAUCUCCUGACGAGCAGACCAAUUUCACCAUAGACACACGCUCUGGUCACCUGUCCGUCAAGGGCUGCCUGGAUAGAGAGGCAGCACCAGAAGGCAUCGUAAUCCUGUAUCCGCGGGCGACAGACGAGGGCGGGGAGGGCCAUGAUGCAGAACCAGCCACUGUGCAGGUCACCAUUCUCGACAUCAACGACAACUACCCUCACCUGGUCCGCCCGCCGCAGAGUUACGCCAAAGUAAUGGAAAACCUGGAGCCUCAUUUAGUGGAACCCGUUGUGCUGGAGCUUGGUGACCUGGAUGCGGCGGAGCACGGAUGUCCUUGCUCCCUGGAAUUCCACGCUGCCACCCCAGACGCCAUCAGGGACAAGUUUACCCUCACGCCCCUCGGCAGAUCCCGCUACCGCCUGAGUCCCGCCACGAUACUGGACCGGGAGCAGCAGAAGGUGUACCGGCUGUCCUUUACGGCGCGGGACAGGCAGGGUGUGGGCGGUACGCGGAGUCUGACGCUGGAGGUGGGCGAUGAGAACGACUCCCCGAUGACUGACGGCACGACCACCAUCCGCGUGUACGACUACCAGGGUCAGUUCCCGGCGCUGGUGGUGGGGGCGGUGCACGUCACGGACCGCGAUGACAACGACCGCGAGGACAAGACGUUCCAGGUGGAGCCGAGCAGUGGCCUGGAGGCGACAGCACACUUCACCGUGGACCUGUACACCGGGGAUAUCACGAUGCUGAGGGGAACGCCGGCGGGCACGCACACUUUGACGGUCACGGUACACGACAGCUUUCGUGGGGAGGAGGCUGUGGGAGAGGCGACCGUCAGCGUGGUGGAACUAACGCAGGAAGCCCUCACCCAGUCCGGCUCCCUUAGGCUUGCCAACACCACCGCCAGGGACAUGCUGCUGGAGGCGACGCCGGGCGACGUCAGAAGCAGCCUUUACGAGCGUCUCCGGCAACAGAUCGCCACCACACACCAGAUCUUCGAGGACAAGGUGGACGUGUUCUUGUUGAGAGACGCUCCUGGGAACCUUGGUGUGGAUGUGCGGUACAGCUGCCGGGGAUCACCUUUCUGCAGCGCCGCCCGCCUCAAUGCACUUAUGCUUGGGAGAAGGCAGCAGGUGUCCGCGGCUCUUGGCGUGGACAUCUCAGUCGUGGACAUCAACGCGUGCCUCUACGAAGCCACGUCCCCAUGUGGCGGCCACAGCUGCCAACAUACUCUGCGGCCCAACCUCACCACGCCACUCGUGGUCUCUGGCGCCUCUGCUUCUCUCGUCGGCUUGGACGUCGUCGAUGACUACGCCUGCAGCUGCGGGCCACUCGAGCCUCCCCCGUCCGUGUGCUAUCCAGGCUUUUGCUUCAAUGACGGUGUUUGCCUCGUCAGGAACAACACCCUCACCUGCCAGUGCCCUGACUCCGUCAAUUUCGGCCCGCGAUGUGAGCUGCUGACAGCCAGGUUCGAGAGUAGUUUUGCAUGGUACGAGCCGCUGACGGUGUGUGAGCGCUCCUCUCUUUCAUUUGCCUUUGAAAGCCACGACAAGAGCGGCGUUCUGUUAUACACGGGGCCGACUGUUCCCUCGCCCUGGCCAGACUAUCCCAGGGACUUCCUGUAUGUCAUCCUGCGGAACUGGGUGGUGGAGACCUUCCUGGACCUUGGAACAGGGACCAUGAACAUCUCAAUUCCUAUCGAGGCAAACAUCUUCAGGACCUUCCAUUACGUCCUCAUCUGGGGCGAGGAGGGCCUGACGGCUGAGGUGGUCAACUGUGGCAUCAACGCCACCAGACACACCAGCCGUGAACCGUGCAGGAAAAGUGUGCCCCUGGCGAUGUUGACCAGCAGUAGCAGCAGCAAUAACGGGCCCAGCCACCUGCUCAACGCCCAGGGACCCCUUCAGGUGGGCGGCGUCGCAUCCACAGUCAGCUUCCUUCAAUUAGCUGAUUCUUACAGUUGGACCCUCACGCCGCCCAGCGCCUCCCCCUUCAGCGGCUGCAUGAUGGAGUUGCGCCAUAACGACCACCUCUACGACUUCAACGCCACGGACUAUAGCAAGAGUCCCAUCCAGCCCUGCGAUGCCCCAAGAACCUCCCGGGUGGUGCUGGGCAGACACUCCAUCAUCAUCAUCCUCGCCAGCCUCCUCAGCUUGCUGCUGCUGGUGGUGGUGAUCCUCUGCCUGGCGCGACGAGGAAGGAAGUCCCUCUCAUACCCUGACCUGGACCGCGAGCUGGUCAAGGAGACGAUGGGCGGCACCGACCUGGAGGGUUUCGGCGAGAAGGACGUCACCCACUUCGACCUUAAGUUCCUGCAGGUGACCCCGGACGGCUACCUGGUGGGGGACGAAAACGAGAGGGCGCUCCCGGACGUGGCCCAGGACGCCUGCCUCAGGGACACCACCGCCCCGCCCGCCCAACUGCCCGACGGAGUCACUAUCGGGGAGUACAUCAAGGAGAACAUUGUGAAGGUGAAUCAGCAGCACCAGGAAUUAGAGGACGUGAGGCACUACUGCGUUGAGGGGGACGAGAUGUCAGCCGCUUCGCUCUCCUCCCUGACCUCUGGAUCCUCACGAAGCGACAUGAUCAUCAACUGUCGGACGGAUUGGAGUCAGAAGUUCGAAAAGCUGGUACAGAUCUACCGCACAGGGACGGAGGGGGACGAGGACAGCGAGGACGAAUCUCGCAGCAUCCCGAGCCAGCCGUCCAGACCCCAAGCGUUCCCGCCUCGUGACUCCAGCGAAAAGAAGAAGAAUGAAACUCGCCCUUCUCCUCCACCUCCUGCUCCCUCUUCCCCGACUGCCUCCGUGGCCACGAACAGCAGGGCUUCGUACAGCAAUAAGCCCCAUCCGGAGGCCCCUCACGUACCCGUCCUCGCCACCAAGACUACCGCUAGUGAGUCUUUAACCUCUGCCCUGCCAAUUACGUGUCAUUGUAGUAGUGUUCAGGCGUCCUCGCAUCCCUCCUCAGAAACUUCAAACGCGUCCUUGCGCUCCUCUUCACCCAAACUGAACCAGCAGAAGGUCAAUCCUCCCUCAGUGUGCAGCACUCAAGUGAAGCAAACACCUUCCUCUUCCCUGCUUCACAAACAGAACCUUAACGCGCAGACUACCGCAGCAAGCAAGCUCAAGGGAAACACGGGAGUCACCACUAUCAACAAUCUGUACACCAAUCCUGCUCAGCGCUCCUCCGCGGCCAUCAAACCACCGCAUGCCCCUCCUGAUCGGCCCGGGGAGGCUGCAAAGGAACCUGUCGUGAAUGGACACUUGAAAGGUAACUCCAGCGUGCGUCAGUGCUCAGCAAAACCCGCGCCACAGCUAAGUUCCUCGAGCAUCAAUAGGUGUGAUAACCAGAAGGCGAAAGCAGUGAAGGGUGUGGAAACUUGGUGCUGAUGAGACGCGAGGUUAGAGAAGAAAUUAGUGGAGUUAAGUGAGCCUUGUCAAUCUUACCUUUUGCUCAACUGAAGCUUGGUAUAAACAUUGUUUUCUGCCAGUGGGUGAUGAGCGGCUGUAUCUGCGAUAGUGCGACGAAGCUCAGAGCCUGUUGGAACCGCCAGCAAUCCUAUACAUAUACUAUUCUUUUUUUCCACCAUUAAAAUACGUACUACAUCGCUCA